GAGAACGGUCAUGGUCAAAGAAACAUAAGUGCAGUAUCGGCUGAAAGGCUGAGGAACUUCCAAUGGAAGGCUGGAAGUUUGUGAACUACUCCAGUUUAUCACCUCUUGUUGCGUUAAGUCUGACUACUGAGCGAUGGGGACUUGAGCCACUGCCGGGGAACCUGAGAGCCAGCUACGGAUACUUAGAUGAUCUAAGGGGCCGAAACGACACAAGUCUCUCCGCUUGGAAAUUCUCCUACGGUUGCGCUACAACAAAAAACGAUUUGAUAUACGAAAUUGGCGGGUAUUCCGUUGCCAGCAAUUACUCCACAGUCUCUGUCUCCGAUCAAUUCUGCUCCAAACCUCAACGUUGCGGUCAAUCCACAUGCAUAAAUCUCAUCGAGGGCAUUGGUAAAACAACGGCCGGUCCAGCAAAGUCCAACAUCCUCAAACUUUCAUACGGAAUUUCAGCACUCAUUACCAUAUUAUCCGGUAUCAUCAUGGGAUGCUUCUCCUCCAAGGUAGUAGAACCAGAUGAACAACCUCGUCCAGUUAGACCUAUCGACAAGGUGGAGAGGACUUAUAACCCACCCGCAAAAACCCAAAAAUCUAAAGACCCGUAUUUUGUCUCAGCACCCCCAGAGGCAGACAAGGCAAAAGAGAUCGCUCAUUGUGCCGACCUCCUACGACAAAUGUACAGUCUAGACAUUUUGAUAUGGACAGCGGAGGAUAACGUUGGCAGUGAAAGGGCUGAGCAAGCCCGGCAAAUGGAAAAAGCGGAUGCUUUGUAUAAUGAGAUUCAACGGAUAGUCAACGGGUGGAGAGAUGUGUCACUGGGGUACUUUUCAGGAGAUGAGAGGAAGUAUGUCCAUGAGAUAUGCACAGCUAUGGACAAAUACGGUAGACGAGGCUACCGCGGAGGCGUUCGUAGAUAAAGCUUCACAGGGGAAGGGACCGAG